AUGUCGCUAGAGGAGACGCCCGAUUAUCGCGAGGAAUGUGUGUACGGCACCGAGGCAGUCCCCAAGAACAAAAGCGAUUUGAUUCUCGAGGUGACCGUUCGCUCCGAGCGACUGCUUCGGGAUAUGUCCGCUCAAUUGGCCAGGGUGUCAGGGAUGCUGGACGGUAGAGCGUCAUCGCAAUAUCAUACAUCUCCAACGGCCAUAAUCUCUCCAUCGACAAUCAAUGGGGCCCAUCGUGCCGACAGCCCUGGUGACCACAUCUCCAAUGCUACCCUGUCAGCCUUUCAUGCGUCCACCACUGAGUCCAUCCUCGCGUGGCCGCACUUCAACGACUUUCAGUCCCUACGGGAAGAUCACAGUUUCUCCGUUUUUCACCUGGAGUCCAGUCGUGCGCCUCUUGCGCCCCGUCCCACAACGGUGCACCCCUACGCCAGCCGCAGCGAAAUCGACCGCGUGGUGCAUAGUUUCCUGCGCAAUGUCAACUUUUGGUAUCCGACCAUGUCAGUAGCCCAGGCGGCCGAGGUCCAGGUGCACAUAGCCGCGGGCGUGUUUGGGGACAGCGUCAAAUCCUGUCUGGCUCUAUUGCUCAUGGCACUGGGCUGCGCGAGUGAACUCAUCUGCUCGUACGCGGAACAUGAAGAUCCAAACUCGGAAGAGCUAGAGCUGCGCAGUCAUCGGCGAGCCAUGGGCGAGAUCUAUUUCGAUUGUGCGUUCAAAAAGAUCUAUCUGGCACAGGCCGAGUGCACUGUCGAUGCAGUGCAGUCUUUAUUCUUUACAGCUAUCUUCUUUGCAUUUCUUCAACGUCCUCUACAAGCGUGGUCGUUCAUCAACGCCACUGCCGCCAAAUGCCGUCUCCUCUUAGCAUACCAUAACCCCGACGCCAACCCGGCCGAGCAAGAAUGUCUCCGUCGGAUCUUCUGGUCCUGCUACAUCCUAGAAAGUGACUACCUCGCCGAACUCUCCGCCCUCCCCCAAACCGGCAUCGCCGACAUCGAGUCCUCCAUCCCCCUCCCAGGCGAAUACCAAACGCACCUCUCGCAAACCGACGAAGAACAAUCCUCCCUCUACUUCCUCGCCUGCAUCUCCAUGCGCCGGCUGCUCAACCGCGUUCACAACAUGCUCUACGCGCGCGACACCGGCGUCGCCUUCGACAACCACCAGUUCCCCUCCGUCGUCGCCGAACUCGCCCACCAGCUCGAGGAAUGGAAGGAUCUCCUCCCGCCUCCCUUCCAAUUCACCGUCGACCUCCGUGCCCUGCCCUGCACCGCCGCAUCAUUCCUCCGCCAGCGCUACCUCACCUGCAAGAGCGUCAUCUACCGCCCGUACCUCACCUGGGCGCUCUCCAUGACCGCCACCGCGACGGUGGAGCAUUUCCCACCGCAGCUUUUUGAAGGGUGCAAGAUCUGUCUUGAAGCGUGCUGGCUGCAUGCGCAGAAUUUAGGGAGUUAUCCGCAUACGGUGCUGGUGGAUACGUGGAUCUGUUCGCUGUCAAUGGCGAGCGUGAUGCUGAUUACGCUGGCGGCGUCGCGGCUGACGGCGCUACGGGGCUGCUUAUCGCCGCAGGUGGCGGAGAUGGGACCCCAUCUGGCGAAGCUGCUGGCGCAGUGGAUGCAUAUCCCGGGACAUGGGGUGUCGCCGAGUGUGCUGCAGAGUGUGAAGCUUAUUGGGGAUGCGGGGGUGUUGUUGAGGAUGAGAUUGGGAUGA